GAUGCCUCCGGUCCCGAAUGGAACAUCCCGCCCAACGCUCCCGCCUGUAUGGAGCGGCACCUGGAGGGCGCGCACUACCGCGCAGACGGGGUCCUGCUGUUGGGCGCCUCGGGGCUGAGCGGCCGCUGCUGGACCGGAUCGCUCUGGGUCUUCGCCGACCCCCGCCGCGCCCCCAGCGAGGGCUUCUGCACCGCCGGCGUCCAGACGGAGGCGGGAGUCGCCGACCUGCGCUGGGUGGCGGACAGGGGCAUCCUGGUGGCCUCCGACUCCGGCGCUGUGGAGCUGUGGGAGCUGGACGAGAACGAGACCCUCAUCGUCAACAAGUUCUGUAAAUACGAGCACGAUGACAUCGUGAUGACAGUGGCUGUCCUGGCCAGCAGCACCCAGGCCGUCAGCGGUGGCAGGGACUUCUGCGUGAAGGUCUGGGACCUCCCGGAGCAGACGGUGCUGCACUCCUACAGAGCUCACUCCGGUUCAGUGACAUGUGUGGCUUCCUGUCCUGGUAAGGACACUGUGUUCCUGUCCUGUGGUGAGGACAACAGAACUUUACUCUGGGACACCAGAUGCCCCAAACCAGCUACUCGAAUCGUUUGCAGUGCCUGUAAUCACCUCCCUACCUCAGUCAUGUGGCAUCCACAGAAAAGUGACAUCUUUGCUUUGGGUGAUGAAAAUGGAACAGUUGCACUAGUAGACACAAAGAAUCCUGAUUCUGCCCUCAGCUCCACUGUGCAUGCCCGAAGUAUCACGGGGUUUGCAUUUUCUACACAUAGUUCACCGUUACUGGCUACAAUCAGUGAAGACUGUUCAGUAGCUGUUCUUGACUCAGACCUCUCAGAGGUGUUCAGAAGCCGUUCUCACCGGGACUUCGUAAAAGGGUUAUCGUGGUCUCCUUUGGACAAUGCCUUGCUCACUACAGUGGGAUGGGAUCACCAGGUUUUACAUCACACUGUCCCCGUACCAACCGGUGAAGCUUCUGGAGUCAACUGUGUAAAAGAAUAGUUUUUUUUUUUUUAAAAACUCACUGUCCAAAUUCCUUCCUGGCAUUACUUUGAUUCUGCUGAAGUCAAAGGUGUGUGAGAACCGGAGCAGGGAUGGUCUGUGGCUGUCUUCAACCUUGUGGCAAGGAAGGUUCCUGUAGUAAUUUUAAGUUAGGCAUAAGUUAGUUACAAACCAAGCUUUACCCUCUCCUCAGGAGCUGGCUUCACCUGUGAUAAGACUUCAGUAUUUUACUCAGAAAAAAAAUUGACUUCAGGCACAGAGGAGACUUGGAGAGACAGAGAAUUAGGUAUAAUUAAAAAAAAUAAUAAUCAAACCACUCAGUUCCUCCCUCAGUUCUUCAAACCAUCCGUGGAACUAAUAGAAACAUUUUGUGGGGGAGAUGAAAAACAAGAUCUCUCUUUAGCUGGAUGCAAGAGCCUCACCCUUGAGCCUUCUUUGUUUUGUAAAGCAAAGAAGAACACAGGAAGACGUGUUCCAUGCAAAGGCUAGAAGGGGUGGCACUGAGCACUGUCUGUGCUGCUGCUCCCUUGGGGGGUACCAGAACACCAGUGCUCAGUGUGAGGAGUCCUGAGUGCUGUACCAUAAGGAUCCCAGCCCUAGCCCUGUGGUGAAACACCAUCGUGACAGCGCACGACGUGCUGAAGCACUGGGACUGGUGAUGCUCAGCACUGGCUCGGGCUGAGGGCAGCUCAAAGGGGCAAUGGCUGUCACACACGGAAAGCCCAGGGAAGGCAGCAGUUCCUGUGCUGUGCUGUGUUUCAUCUCCUCUGUCAGAAAGACAACUUACUCAAAAGAUAAGACCUGUGAACUAAAGUUAAAAUGAAAGGGAAAAACUGGACUAAGGACUUCAGGUUUCAUGUGCUUGCUCCUCUAACCAGGCUGCUUAGCGAUAGGUGAGACACGUACGCGCUUGUGAUGAGUGACUUUUUGUGCCAGAGACCGAGGGGACCAAGCAGUCCCAUAAUCCCCAAAACAGACUCUUAGAGGCGGUUUUUUGUAACAUACCAAACCACACACUUUUCACACUAAACUGUUUCCCUGGGACAUGUCAUGUUUAACUGAAAAAA